UUUUUUUUUAAUUUUUUGCUUUGACAAGUUUCCGACUUUUUUUUUCUUUUUUUCUUUCUUUGUAGCUCAUCUUGCAACAAUAACAUGAUAAAAAACCUUGGCAAGUUCAAGCAGUGGACAGGUGAAAGGUUUGGUGGAGCCAAAGUGACACUUCAGACUGAAGACUUUCAGCAACUCGAGCAAGAAACAGAAAAUAGAAGGGACGGCUACGAUAAUGUUGUUAACUCAGUGGAAUUGGUGCAAUCCUAUCUUCUCAAGAAAAAGACCUCACCUGAGGACGCCAAGAAUAAAAUGAUGCCAUUCGAAGUAUUAGGCACAUGUCUUUAUCAUUAUGGUACUGUGUUUCCCGACGAUUCUGCAUUAGGAAUCGCUUUAAUCAAUCUCGGACAGGCAGAGACACGUAUUGCAGCAUUACAAGAAGCAUUUGCACACGACAUCAAGACAGGUUACAUGACAAUCUUAACCAAUGGUCUUCAAGAGUACAAAGAAUACGAUUCACUCAGAAAGAAAUUAGCGUCUCGUAGAUUAGACUAUGAUUCUAAAUUGAAUCGUUUAAAUAAGGCUAAAAAGGAAAAACCGGAGUUGGAACAAGAAAUGCAAGCUGCAAGGAUUAAAUAUGAAGAGACGGAGCAUGAUUUAAUACAGAAAAUGGCUUACAUGCAAGAAUUUGAGAAUGAACAUAGAGAUGCCCUUUUGGGUUUAAUAGAAGCCCAAUGUACAUAUCAUACUCAAGCCAAAGAAUUAUUAGAGGCGAUUAAAAAGACUUGGGGUCAGGGCUCGAAUUCUGAUCCUCAUGAAUUGAUGAAUAAUGUCAUGGCAAGAGCUUCUGCUGUAUCUCAUUUGUCUGCUAUAGAUGCACCGCUACCACAGCCACCAUCACAACAAAGGGCCUCUAUUGUUUCUAGUGCCGAAGAGAUGGCUCGAGAUAACAGUAUAGAUACCUUUUCUUCUGGUUCUGCUCAUCAGGCCAAAGAUGCUAUCAUUCCAGACCAUGCUUCUGUUUCUUCUAGCAGUGCACUUACACCACCUUCAAAACAAUUUUCUGAAGAAUAUGAAAAACACAGAAAGGCUUUAUUUGACUUUACUGGACAAAACGAUGAUGAAAUUUCCUUUAAGACGGGUGAUAUUAUUGCAGUUGUCAACGAAAUUGAUAAAGGCUGGUGGUUAGGUGAAAUCAAUGCAAAACGUGGUAUUUUCCCUGUCAAUUAUACUGAAGAUUACAUAAAAGCACCCGUCACUAUUGAACCGUCGUUUACGGUUGAUCAAGACGAUAUAGAUCAACAUCAGCUAUCCAAUCCUCGUGUUGCUCAUCACAAUGAAACGCCUAUUCAAAAUGACCCAUUAUCCUUAGAAUCACCCGCUGCUCCUCCUCUACAUACCACCAGUAGUAUUCGACGCCCACCACCACCACCUACGACUGCUUCUUCUCCUGCUGUCACGACCUCUCGAACAUCCAGUCUCUCAAGAAACCGUUCCAAGAGAGCCCCUCCUCCUCCUCCCCCACUGCGUGUGGCUACUUCAGAACCUCAUUAUAUCAAACCAACAUCUGUAGAUGAUUCUAAUAUUGAACAAAUGAUAACCCAUCAUGCAUGUCCAGAAUGUGAAUGUCAUGAUUAUAUAGAAAAUUUGUUUAAAAAAGGCUAUUGUAAUCAUUGCUUUCAUAAACAUCUGUAAAUCCUUUCUCUCUUUUGUUCAUUGUUUAGCCGAAAAAGGAGAUCCAAAAACAUUUAAUAAAUACUAUAUGGUACA